GUCAGUUUGUUCAGUUUGUUAAUGUUAUUGUUUCGUGAUGAAAUUAGCUUUGCAAUUUUGGUAGAUAAAUCAUUUAGUGGAUGGAUUUAAAGAUAAAUAAUUUAUAAUACGAAUACAGUUAGUUAAUGCGGAUUUCACGAUGAGUGUGAAUACCGGCAGAUAUGUUGCGGAAGAUCGAAUUGAAGGGGAGAACAAUUCAAUUGGCAUUCGAGAGUCACGCGAAAAUGAUAAAAUCGAUUCAAAAUAUGGAUUUGAUCGUGUCAAAGACACACAGGAGCGUACCGGUUAUCUGAUAAACAUGCAUUCCACCGAAAUUCUUGACGAAGACCGACGUUUGGUGGCCGCCUUGGAUUUAUUUUUCAUCCAAAUGGACGGAAGCCGUUUCAAAGCAUCAGUUGUAUACGAACCAUAUUUUCUUGUUCUUCCAAAUCCCGAACAAUCGCUUGAGGUUGCACGUUAUUUGCAAAAGAAAUACACCGGCCAAUUGACACGCAUCGAACACAUAAAAAAAGAAGAUCUUGAUAUGGCAAAUCAUUUGAUUGGCAAACAACAGCAAUUUUUAAAAUUAUUAUUUCCAAAUGUGAAUGCACUGAAUAAAGUGCGCCGUGAUAUUAUGUCCGCGGUAAAAAAGAAUCGUGAACGUGAAAAAACCAAUACGAAUUACAUUAAAUUAUUAUCAACAUCAUUGGCGCACAGUUCAAAUACGGUGACAACAAAAAGUGCCGAUUACUUUGAUUAUAUUGCCGAUAUUCGUGAAUAUGAUGUACCAUAUCAUGUUCGGGUGUCGAUCGAUUUGAAAUUAAAUUGUGGUUUAUGGUAUGAUAUUCGAUGUCGACCGGGUGGCUUAGAAAUGCCAUUGAUAACACCAAGACCCGAUAUUUUAGAUCGACCGGAAGCAAUUGUACUUGCUUAUGAUAUUGAAACAACAAAAUUACCAUUGAAAUUUCCGGACGCACAAAGCGAUCAAAUUAUGAUGAUUUCGUAUAUGAUCGAUGGUCAAGGUUAUCUGAUCACAAACAGAGAAAUCAUCUCAUGCGAUGUCAAUGAUUUUGAAUACACGCCAAAACCAGAGUUUGAAGGAAAUUUCAUCGUGUUUAAUGAACCGGACGAAAUGAGUGUCAUUCAAAAGUUUUUCGAUCAUAUUUUAGAGGUGAAACCACAUAUUAUUGUAUCGUACAACGGUGAUUUUUUCGAUUGGCCAUUUGUUGAGACGCGAGCCGCCACAUAUGACAUGGAUAUGAAACGUGAAAUUGGUUUCUGGAAAAAUCGCGACGGAAACUAUUUGUCACGGCCAGUCAUGCAUAUGGAUUGUUUGUGUUGGGUGAAACGUGAUUCGUAUUUGCCGGUCGGAAGUCAAGGUUUGAAAGCGGUUGCUAAAGCAAAGCUACGCUAUGAUCCAGUUGAACUUGAUCCCGAAGAAAUGUGUAAAAUGGCUGUUGAACAGCCGCAAGUACUAUCCAAUUACUCUGUAUCCGAUGCCGUUGCCACAUAUUAUCUCUACAUGAAAUAUGUGAAUCCAUUCAUAUUUGCUUUGACAACAAUCAUUCCGAUGGAACCGGACGAAGUGCUUCGCAAAGGUUCGGGAACAUUGUGUGAAACUCUGUUGAUGGUGCAAGCAUUUCAUGCAAACAUUGUCUUCCCAAACAAACAACAAUCUGAAUUGAAUAAAUUGUCCGACGAUGGACACGUUCUUGAUUCUGAAACGUAUGUAGGCGGUCAUGUCGAAGCACUUGAAUCGGGUGUAUUUCGUGCUGAUAUUCCAUGUCGAUUUCGGCUCGAUCAAGAAAUGGUGAUGAAACUACAAAACAAUGUCGACAAUGUGCUAAAGCAUGCCAUCGAAGCCGAAGAAAAUGUCCCAUUGGAUUUGGUCACGAAUUUGGAGCAAGUGAAGAAUGAAAUUUUGGCCGGACUGAAAGAAUUGUACGAUGUACCAAAUCGUGUCGAACAACCGGUCAUUUUUCAUUUGGACGUUGGUGCUAUGUAUCCAAAUAUCAUUCUAACAAAUCGAUUGCAACCAUCGUCAAUGGUUUGCGAAACGGACUGUGCUGCAUGCGAUUUUAAUAAGCCAGACGCCGAAUGCAAACGUGUUAUGGACUGGAUGUGGCGUGGUGAAAUGUUACCAGCUUCGAAAAAUGAAUAUCAACGAAUCCAGCAACAGCUUGAAACGGAAAAAUUUCCACCACUCUUCCCGGGUGGUCCAAAUCGUGCAUUUCACGAACUAUCGAAAGAAGAUCAGGCCGCCUACGAAAAGAAGCGGUUGAAUGAUUAUUGCCGGAAAGCGUAUAAGAAAACAAAAAUCACACGUCUUGAGAAUCGAAAAUCGACAGUGUGCCAAAAGGAGAACAGUUUUUACGUUGAUACCGUUCGCGCCUUUCGUGAUCGUCGUUAUGAAUAUAAAGGCAUGACAAAAGUGGCAAAGGCUGCCGUUGCAAAAGCGGUGGCUGGCGGUGAUGCAAGUGAAAUAAAAGCCGCUCAAGGUCGUGAAGUUUUGUACGAUUCACUUCAAUUGGCCCACAAAUGUAUUUUGAACUCAUUUUAUGGUUAUGUUAUGCGACGUGGUGCACGAUGGCACAGCAUGUCAAUGGCUGGUAUUGUUUGUUUGACCGGUGCCAAUAUAAUUCGUCGUGCACGUGAGAUUGUCGAACGUGUUGGCCGUCCAUUGGAACUGGACACAGAUGGAAUUUGGUGUAUUAUGCCAGCCACAUUUCCACAAGAGUUCACCAUUCAUACGACACAUGAAAAGAAGAAAAAAUUCAACAUUUCAUAUCCAAAUGCUGUGCUGAAUACUAUGGUCAAAGAUUUCUUUACAAAUGAUCAAUACCAUGAACUCCUUCCCAAAUCACCUGACGACGAUCCAAAUGAUGUGCCACAGUAUAAAAAACGUGCCGAAAAUUCAAUUUUCUUUGAAGUGGACGGUCCAUAUUUGGCAAUGGUUUUACCGGCUGCCAAAGAAGAAGGAAAGAAACUUAAAAAACGGUACGCUGUUUUCAAUUUUGACGGAUCACUGGCUGAACUAAAGGGUUUCGAAGUGAAACGACGCGGUGAAUUGCAAUUGAUUAAGAUUUUCCAGUCAUCAGUAUUCGAAGCAUUCUUACAUGGAAGUACAUUGGAUGAGUGUUAUGCAAGUGUUGCCAAAGUGGCCGACUAUUGGUUGGACGUGUUGUACAGCAAAGGUUCAAAUAUGCCGGAUUCUGAAUUGUUUGAAUUGAUUUCCGAAAAUCGUUCAAUGUCCCGUAAAUUAGAAGAUUAUGGUGCACAAAAAUCGACAUCCAUUUCGACGGCAAAACGUUUGGCCGAAUUUCUCGGUGAUCAAAUGGUUAAAGAUGCUGGAUUGGCAUGUAAAUACAUCAUAUCAAAGAAACCAGAAGGUUCACCAGUUACAGAAAGAGCCAUCCCAUUGGCCAUUUUCCAGUCGGACCCAAGUGUGCGUCGUCAUUACUUGCGUCGAUGGUUAAAAGAUAACACAAUGGGCGAUGCUGAUAUUCGUGAUGUUCUCGAUUGGAAUUACUACAUCGAACGUUUGGGUGGUACCAUUCAAAAGAUUAUCACAAUUCCGGCUGCGUUACAAGGUGUUAGUAAUCCAGUGCCUCGAAUUCAACAUCCUGACUGGUUGCACAAGCGAAUGCUGGAAAAGAAUGAUGUUUUAAAACAACGUCGCAUCAAUGAAAUAUUUAGCGUUAAACCAAAGCCCAUCGCUGAGCCGACGGAUGAUAGUGACAAUGAAAAUGACGACGACAGUAAUGCUGGUGAAUCGAAUGAUGAAAUGGAAAUCCGUGACAUGGAAGAUAUUGGAUCGAAUGUUGUGUCUGGUGCACGUCGACCGGCUGUUCAUCGUCGUAAACGAAAUGCCAGCGAAAUGGAAACCGAUGACACUGCAAAUGAAGCAAAAACAUGGCGCGAAGCACUCGGACCACCGCCCGAAGUCGGAAAUUCACGUGAACAGAUUCAAGACUGGGUUGAAUAUCACAAGAAAAAAUGGCAAUGGCAAAUCCAACAACGAAAUCGACAACGCACCCAUCAAACUAGCAAAAAAUCGCGCACGGACAAUGCGAUAAUGCAUCGUCCGACGUCAGUUGGAGCGACAGCCCGAGCAUCCAUUGGAGGUUUUAUUCGUCGAACCCAGCGCAGCAUCAUCGAACAACCAUGGCAAAUCAUUCAAAUUCUAUCGGUUGAUGAACUUGGUUCGUACACAGUUUGGGCAAUGGUUGGCACAGAAUUGCAUAAAAUCAAAUUGAAUAUUCCGCGCAUAUUUUACGUAAAUAAACGAACACCAGCACCAAACGAAGAGGGUUGCAUGUGGAAACAAGUGCAUCGAACAUUGCCACGAUCACGGCCGGUAUUUCAUUUGUAUCAAUACAUUGUAUCGGAAAAUAUUUUCAAAGAGAAUCGUUUGGGAAUGUUAGCCGAUUUAGCAACACCCGACAUUGAAGGCAUUUAUGAAACACAAAUGCAACUCGAAUUCCGUGCUUUAAUUCAAUUGGGAUGCAUUUGUUCGGUUCAACGGACUGUUGCACGUGAAAUUGCCGCCAAAAAAUCAACAAAUGCACCCGAUAAUUUUUCAAUCGAACAACUCGAAACACGACCAAUGUCACAACAACCGUAUUUAAAUGGCGGCGGAAAUUUGAAACGUUUAUUCCUAUACCAGCACAGUUCGGGAAAUGGUAAACGUGAAUUGUGGGGUCUGUUCAUUCCAAUCAUCAAAAAAUCGAUUAUCAUUUGCUUGGAUACGGUGCGUACAAAUCAAAUGCCAACGAUGAAAAACUUUUAUCUCGCCGAACGAUUGACCUAUUUUAAAGAUGCAACAGCUGAUAAAGCACCACCGGACGAUAUGCAAUUUGAAGUAUUCUUUGAAGUUGAUUCAAAAUUGGUGUAUCGUCACAUAAGCCAUUUGUUGACCGCUUUUAGUAGCGAAAAGAAAGGUCCGGCUUUGCUUUGCGUUCAGGCCGGCAUCACGUUGAACAAAUUGAAUUUGGCAAUUCCGGCGGCAAGUGAAUUUCCACAAACGCAAAUUUUCAUCGUUGACGAUGCAUCGCUGUUGACCGGCUUGGAUUGGCAACGUAACGGUACCAAAUCGAUGCUUCGACAUUUUUUCAAUUUGAACAAUGUGGUUGAUUUGAUGUUGGAACAAUGUCGUUACUAUCGAUUACCCAUUGGUAAUAUGCCCGCCGAUCCAAUUAUGUUUGGUGCUGAUAUUUUCUAUGCAAGACUCUUGCAAAAACAUAAUUUUGUACUGUGGGCAUCGCCGACCAGUCGACCAGACUUGGGCGGUCGUGAAGCGGAUGACAAUCGUUUGUUGGGCGAAUUCGAAGAGAAUAUUACCGUUGUUCAGAAUAAUUGUGGUUUUUAUGAAAAUGUAUGUGUGGAAUUGGCCAUUGACAGUUUGGCCGUGACAGCAUUGUUGCAAGCGAGUAAAAUUCAAGAAAUUGAAGGUGCCAGCUCAGCCAUUACAUUCGAUGUAAUGCCACAGGCAUCGCUUGAAGAUAUGAUCUCGAAUAAUCCGGCCGCAUCGUCACUGUCAAAUUAUGAUGAGUCCGCACUGUGCAGUGCUGCAUUGAAGGUCAUGAGAUCAAUGGUUAACAGUUGGUUGCGUGAAGUGGCCAUUGAUCGUAAUGUAUUUGCCGAUUUUCAAAUUGUCCAUUUCUAUCGAUGGAUACGAUCGAGCACAUCACUUUUAUACGAUCCAGCUUUGCGACGCAAUCUUAACAAUUUAAUGCAGAAAAUUUUCUUACAAAUCAUCAGCGAAUUUCAACGUUUAAACGCAAAAAUCAUUUAUGCCGAUUUCAAUCGAAUCAUUUUGAAUUCGGGCAAAAAAUCCAUCGUUGAUGCAAUCAGCUAUGUUGAGUACGUCGUACAGAGUAUUCGGAAUAAAGAACUGUUCCACAGUAUUAACUUGACAUACCAACAGUCAUGGGAGUUCCUACUCUGGAUGGAUACAGCCAACUAUUCGGGUCCAUUAGCUAAAAUUCCACGUGAAUUACAAGCAUCCGAACUAACACAAAAUAGUGAGAUCAUUAAUCAAACAAAUGAUGAUGAUGAGGUGAAAAUCGAAAUGAAUUGGAAUAUUGCCGAACAAUUGCCCGAAGAAGGAAAUUGUCGUGCCGAAUUUGAAGCGGUAUUGAAAUUAUUUAUGGAUGCAUUGGUCAAUACGAAUUCGGUUAAAGAAGCAAUUGAAGCCAUCACAAUGUAUGCCUAUGAAAUUGUUCAACGAUUACACAAAGGAUAUGGACCGGGACGAGUUAGCCCCGCCACACAAUUUUGUAAUGCACUCAUCGAAGUGCUGAAUAAUAUGAAAGAUGUUGAUGAUGAAAUUCAAACUCUUCGGCGAAACAUGUUGCGUUUAAUUGGUUUGGGUGAAUUCAGUGACUUGGCCAAAUGGCAAGACAAAGUUCACACGUAUGUUCUAAAUGAAGUCAUUUGCAAAGCAUGCAAUCAAUGCCGUGACAUUGAUUUGUGCAAAGACAAAGAUCGAGCCACCGUCAAUGACAUACCGGUAUGGCUUUGUUCCCAGUGCUAUGUUUACUAUGAAAAUGAGGAAAUCGAAAUUCGACUUUUGGAUGUAAUCCAUCGCAAAAUCAUGUCAUACACACUGCAAGAUCUGCGAUGCACCCGAUGCAAGGAAAUAAAACGUGAUAAUAUGGCUGCGUUGUGUAGCUGUGCCGGUUCAUUUGACACAUUGAUACCAGCGAAAAAACUACGACAACUGCUUGAAACAUUCUUAGAAGUGGCCGAUGCUCAUCAAAUGCAUUUGCUCAAAGAAGAAGUUCAAGUUUUUCUCACGCACUCCAUUUAACCGACUAUGAUUUCAUGUAACUUUUUUUUUAAUUUUUGUCGUUUUUUUUCAUCUAA